UAGAUUUAUGCAUAGGACUCCUCCCUAGACUUCCCAUUUAAUUGCAGCACACAGACAUCACACCAUAUUGGAUUGAAAGGGAAAGCAUGAGUGAGCCUGAGCCUCAGCCUGAAUCUGCACGCCAUGUCUAUCACAGAGGCUUCCCUCUCGAUGACAAGACACGUCCGUCUCUCUUUCAUCGUCUGAUGCGGACCACAGGGUUCAGAAUAUUCUGGGCACUGUUUAUCAUAGCGUUCAGCACAGUUCCUGUUACCUUCCUCACCAUCUAUGUCUUCUCUAUCGGGAUACUUGGCAUAGUCGGGCACAGGAAACUGAGGACUUUUAGUGACUGGUCCAUUAGAUCAUGGCUUAAUUCCAUGGCUUUUAUCACCAGGUACAUUCUAGGUAUAAAAGUGAAAAUUUACGGAGAUAGCCGAAGAUUUGAUAAACACUGUCUCUUUAUUUUGAACCAUCGCUGUCAUUUUGACUGGAUGUUCUUUUGGGAUGUAGCUGGGAAGCUGGGCAACCUCAGCUGGUGGAUGGUAAUGCUUAAGAACUCGUUAAAACGUGUACCGAUUGCUGGUUGGGCAAUGCAGUAUCGUAACUAUGCCUUCUUGUCAAGAGACUGGGAAUCGGACUACAAAGAGUUUGCUUGGAAGUUCCAUUAUCUCAAUGCCACCGGAGAGCCUUACCAGUUCCUCAUGUUCCCCGAGGGACGCGAUCUCACACCAAUCCACCAGAAAAAAUCCGACCAGUUUGCAGCCGAGAAGAGCCUACCAAGAUAUGAGUACACGCUCCAUCCAAAGACCAAAGGUUUUGUGUACGUCAUUAAGGCACUAAAGAAAGGUCGCCUCGAGUCUGUGUAUGAUAUGACAGUUGGAUACCCUGACGUACUUUCAGCAACAGAGAUUGAGUUCCUCUCUGAGGGACGUAUUCCUAGCGAGGUUCACUAUCAUGUCAAGAAAUACAACAUUUCGGAAUUACCCGAGUCGGAAGAAGAGUUAGAGGCGUGGCUACGUCAGAGAUGGGCUGAGAAAGAGGAGAGACUGAGACUUUUUUACAAGCAUCGCAAGUUUGUCCAGCUACCCUGUGACGAUAAAGAGAUACAGAAUGGGACGAGUAGGAAUGCUCAUGAGACAUCAAAUGGUAACAGUUCUCAUGUCAUACCCUCCCCUGAGGUCAAGCUUUAUUUCCCGUGGUGUCAACUACUGGAAGGAUUGAUUUUCCUAUUAUUUCUGUCCGGCGGUAGUUUGCUACUGUGCUAUUAUUCGUGGAUUGGUAUAAUAGCACUUCUUGCCUCGUUUGUUCUCAAUGGAUAUUUUUGUACAUAUCAUGGUAAAAUGGACUAUCUAAUAAUGGAUCAUUUUAGAAAGACUUGUGCCGAGUUCCUACCAGAAGACUAUAAAAAGGAAGACUAGGCCGUAUAGAGAGAGAGAAAUAAAUAUUUUUGAGCUAGCAUGUUUUUCUAGAGUGCUGCUUUUUUGUUGUGUUAUAUAUUUUGUAUGUAUCUAUAUUUAGCUGAUGUUAUUUUUGGCAGGUCUUUUAGUAAAAAAAAUUAAUAAUAAAAAAUAAUAAAAUUUUA